AUGGCUACUUCAACUACUUGCGUACGUCCCCCGUACAAGAAGCUCAUCAUCGACAUUCUCAGCGUGGACUUCGAGUUCAGCCAGUUCCUGCUGGGUGAGAACACUGCUGCAAAUCUGGUGAUGGUGAAGGAGCGCUUGAAGGCGCACGGUCAAGACGGCCACUCCUUCUUCCUCUUCCGGAUCUUCGCGCAGAUGUGCGGCAAGCUUGGUUCAAAAAGCCAGAGCGGCUGCCUCUUCAUGAACGAGAACCAGUUCAAGCGCUGCACCCCUGGCUUAGAUGCACUCCAGGCGCUUUGGGUGUCGGAUGGUCGGGCCUGCUACAAUGACUUCAUCCUGCUUCGAGGAUCGAAGGCCAUGUCCCGGUUUGCUUCGCCGGAGCAUCAGGCGCUGUCGAGGCUACUUUGUCUCUUUGACGCCUCGGACAAGGAUGGAGGCAGCGCCUUGUGCAACGCCUUCGACGAGCUCGAGCAGGCGGAGCGCAGUGGCCUCACUCAGUGGCUGAAUGGUGACGCCGAGAACUGCGGCGUCAUCAUCCCCGGGGCGGCCGCCAUGCUCCAGGCUGCCAAGGCCAAUACGAUGGUGGGCCUGCCAAGCGCGCUCCGCCUGAUGCUCAAGGUCUGGGCAGUGGAAACCUAA